AUGGCGAAAAAGAAUCAGAAGAAAGAAAAGAAGCCUGUCGUCAAUCAGAGGAAGUCUAAACUCAAGAAGGAGAAGGAAUAUAUCGAAUCUCUAGAGGAGAAAAUCAAAGAAUUGGACACUGAGAAGGCCAAUGAAAUAUCACAAUUCAAAGAUUUGCCAUUAUCCGAACCAACUAUCAAUGGGUUGAAAGAAGCCGGGUUUAUAUCAAUGACCGAUAUUCAAAAGCAAACUAUUCCAUUGUCCUUGAAAGGCCAUGAUAUAUUAGGGGCAGCAAGAACUGGGUCCGGUAAGACAUUGGCAUUUCUCAUUCCAUUAAUUGAGAUCUUGUACAGAAAAUCGUGGAACGAAUUCGAUGGUUUGGGUGCUUUAGUGAUUUCACCAACCAGAGAACUUGCCAUGCAAAUAUAUGAAGUCUUGGUGAAAAUUGGUAAACAUAGUGGGUUUUCUGCCGGGCUUGUUAUUGGCGGGAAAGAUGUGAAAUUUGAAAAGGAUAGAGUUGCGAAAAUGAAUAUCUUGAUUGGUACUCCAGGUAGAAUCUUACAGCAUAUGGAUCAAACCGCUGGCCUACAAUUAUCGAAUUUGCAAAUGUUGGUGUUAGAUGAAGCCGACAGAAUUUUGGAUAUGGGGUUCAAGAAGACUUUGGAUAGUAUACUUGAGAAUUUACCUCCUAGUAGACAAACUCUACUAUUUUCAGCGACUCAGACGAAAUCCGUGAAUGAUUUGGCAAGAUUGUCUUUGGUCAACCCACAGUACAUUGAUACAGAAGCCGGAACUAAUAACGAAAUAAAAAAACAGACUCCCGAAUCAUUGGAAGAAAACUACGUUUCAGUGGAGCUUCAAGAUAAACUAAAUAUUUUGUGGAGUUUUAUCAAAACUCAUUUGAAGUCCAAAAUGAUUGUGUUUUUUUCUUGCUCGAAACAGGUCCAUUACGUAUACGAAACUUUUAGAAAGAUGCAGCCUGGUAUCUCAUUGUUGAAAUUACACGGCAGACAAAAGCAAACUGCAAGAAUGGAAACCACCUAUAAAUUCUCAAAGGCCAACCAAGUGUGUCUUUUGGCCACUGACAUUGUUGCAAGAGGGCUUGAUUUCCCAUCCGUUGAAUGGGUUGUUCAAGUUGAUUGUCCAGAAGAUGUUGCCACUUAUGUUCAUAGAGUUGGGAGAUCCGCAAGAUUUGGGAAGAUUGGGAAGUCUUUAUUGUUCUUGACUCCAAAUGAAGAAGAACCAUUUUUAAAGAAUUUGGCAGCAAAGAAAAUUGCUCCAAAGAAGAUGAAUAUUAAGACAUCUAAAAUCAAAUCUAUUCAAUCGCAAUUGCAAGCCUUGUGUUUCUCUAAUCCUGAACUCAAAUACUUGGCACAAAAGGCUUUCAUUUCAUAUUUUAGAUCGAUUCAUUUACAAUCGGACAAAGAGGUGUUUGAUAUUAACAAGUUGCCAUCGGAGGAGUUUGCCAAGGCUUUAGGUUUGCCUGGUGCCCCAAAAAUCAAAAUAAAGGGUGGGAAUAAAGCAAAGGAAUUGAAAAACACUUCGAGACAAUUAUUAAAAUUGUCUAAGGCUAAUGAAGAUGGGGAAGUUGUGGAUUCCAAAAAGGAAGUUAGAACCAAAUAUGAUCGUAUGUUUGAGAGACAAAACCAGGGGGUGUUGUCUGAACAUUAUUUGAAGACCGUUAAUAAUAAGGGUGAUGAAGAUGAAGAUGAAGAUGAUGACGAGGACUUUAUGGCAGUUAAGAGAACAGAUCAUGAUUUGAAUGAAGAACAGUUGCCAGAUUUGUCUGCACCAGCAUCGAAGAGACAAUUAAAGAAGGCGCUUUCUAAAAAAGCAUCUUUGCCUGGUCAAGGAAAUCCAACAAAAUUGAAGUUUGAUGAUGAAGGUGUGGCCCAUCCAAUCUACGAACUUGAAAAUGAAGAAGAUUUCCGCGAAAAGGGUGAUGCUGCUGAGCAAAUUAAAGAGUUCGUGGCAAAAGAAUCUAAGGAUAUGGAAGAACGAGACGCCGAAGAUAAGGAGGUUGCCAGAGCGAAAAGACAAGAAAAGAAAAGAAGACGUAAAGAAUUGGAAAAACAAGCUUUUGAUGAUUCUGGAAGCGAUGAUGAUAAUGAAGAAGAAGAUGUCGCUUAUGUUGUCGGUACCGGGGAUCUUGAUCAAGACCUUGAUCAUUCUGAAAGAAGCGACAGCGAUGAUGAAGAACCAGCUUCUAAAAAGGCUAAAUGGUUCGAUAAUAAUAGAAUCAAUGGGAGGGAUUCUGGUGAUCAUGAUGGUGUCAAUGUGGUUGAAUAUAAUGAACCAGAGACUUUGGAAGAUCUUGAAGCUUUGACCGCAAGACUUAUCCAAAAUUGA